GGUUGCAGACGCCGCAUAAUGAACUUGUUGCUGUGUUAAUUUGCGUAGGAGUUGGUUUUUCACCACUUUUCUGUGUGGACUUUGAUGGAAAACAUUUGAAUUGUCAUCGACACAAGGAAAGUGAAGUGUAAAAGAGGAGCAAAGGAAUAACUUUAGAAAAAGAGCAUGAGCGCACCAUCUUCAGGUCGGAUGACCCCAGUGGACUACGGUGUCCAGAUCCGCUUCAUCAAUGAACUCAACGACACUGGCGGGGGGCAGCCAGGGCCCAAGACAAAGUCCCAGACCACCUCCAAGUACGGCGUGGCGGUCAGGGUGCAAGGUAUUGCUGGCCAGCCAUACGUCGUCCUGAAAGACGGAGAGAAAGGAGACUCGUAUGGGGUCCAGCUCAGGACCUCCCCUGGUUACAAUAGCCUUCCCCGGAGGAGAGAGAAGGCAGAGCCCGGAACACAAGGGGCAGAUGUAGAUGGCGGGCAGGGAGGUGCACUACGCCGGGCCCAGUCCCAUGGGUCGCUGCUGGACAGGGACGGAGAGGGAGGGGCAGGCGAUGAGGAUUUUCAGCUGUCUAGGCCACCGGGGGAUGGAAAGUCCGGUAGUUAUGGGAAUCUGGAUGGAGGAAUUGGGGUAAGUAGGGAGAGAGAGCAGGUUCGGCAUGUCGGUGGUAGAGAGGGUGGCGUGGAAAGCAAUAUGUGGGAUGGUUCGUACAGAGCAGGGCUCAACCGGUCAAUGGGGUCAGUGAGAAGCAGUGAGUCCUACCCUGACCCUCCCCAACAAACAACUCAGAGACAUACUCCUGUCAACAGACUCAUAAACAGGUUUGAUGGUGGUAACACUGGUGGCCAACAGAGAGGACUCCCUCCUGAACAACAAGAUCCCAGAGCUACAGCUCCUCUCCUCACCCCCAACGCCUACACCUCACCUCCGUCCUCAACUCACAGCAGCCUGGGACGCAGCCAGGCCGCUGUCACCAAAUUUCCCGCACACUCCACUAACCAGUGGACUUCCCCAGGGAGAUAUGCCGCUGCAGAGACACCACACGCCAGUCUGACUGAGGCACAAGUGACUCCUGACCUUUUGCUGGACCAGGGUCAGAGUGCAGAGAUGACCAUUGAAGAGGAGCAGGUCAUGCAGACUAUACACAACAUCCUGAGACAAGGGACCAACGAAAGUGAUGUUGUCAUCAAGCACAAAGCCAAGGUCAUCUUUCAGAAGGUUCAGAAUCUAAAGCCCAAAGAGAGACCUCAGGAAGAGUGGAUGAGAGAAAAGUGGGAGCUUGAAAGUAGGAUUGCUGAACUACAAACUGCCCUGCAAGCGGAAAGAAGGAACUCUGUUAGCAAUUCUGAUCCUGCUCUGAAAGCUGAGCUGGAGUCCUGUCUGGAUGAAAAUCUGCAGCUCCAGGAGAUGCUUGACCGGAAGAAGAAAGAAUUAAAUGAAACACAAUCAGAGCUGACUCAGCUGCGUAUGGACAGGGAGAGCGCAGAGGCUCGGGUCAGAGGAAUGGAGGACCAGCUGGCUGAGCUUCAGGAUGAACUGAGAAGAGAGAAUGGCAACAAGACGGACCUGAUGUCUUGUCAGGCACAGCUGAUGGAGGUGUGCCAGCUGAAACAGAAGUUGGAGGAGACACUGAGACAGAGAGAACGGGAGCUAACGGCUCUCAAAGGAGCUCUGAAGGAAGAGGUGGCCACACAUGACAAAGAGAUCGAGGUGCUCCGAGAGCAGUACAGCGCUGACAUGGAGAAGCUCCGUAGCAGCAUGGAGCAGGUGUCUCAGUCUCACGUAGGGAUCGAGGCAGAGCGCUUGCGUGUGAAUGCGUCCGUUCGCUCCCUGCAGCAGCAGUUGGAAGACUGUAGAGACGAGAGCAGCCACUGGAUGGAGCAGUUUCACACCACCAGAGACGAACUUCGAACAACCAAACAAGAACUCCUGCAAACCCGUCUGGAAAAAGAGGAGUCUGAGGAGGGGCUAAAGGAGCUCCAGGAGAAAGUAAGCACCAUGAAACAACAGAUACCAGACCCUGGCCACACACAGACUCUCCAGCAGGAACUUCAGCGGUGCAGUACUGAUCUACAGAAGGCCAAGUCUGAGGUGGAGAAGCAGAGGGCAGUGUUUGACAAGAAGGUCAUGGAGGUCAUCUCCAUCAAAAAAUCUCACCAGGAACAGGAGGCAGAACUCAAGUAUGAGAUUGACAGGCUGAAGGACCAAUUACAGAGGGCCAGAGAGGAUGUUGCCAAGGCACAGGAGAAAAACAAACGGCUCCCAGACCCAGCCAUCAUCUCAGCUCUGGAGGAGAAGCUCGGAGAGACACAGGAUGAAGCUAGCCAGCUCAAAGAGAAACUCUCAUUAGCUGAGGAGGAAGUGGAGGCCAGUAAAACACGCCUCAGUAGAGCUCAGAUGGACGUUAAAUCGCUCCAAGAUGCCCAGCAGGAGCAGGAGGAGGCCAACACACGUCUCAAAGAGAAACUCUCACGGUUAGAGGCUCAGCUGCAGGCCAACGCCACAGAGAGCUCCGAGGCAGAGAUCGCCCUCCACACUGAGGUGAGAAGAUUGCGGUCUGAGCUCGAUGAAGCCAAGAGAAAAGCCUCCAGACUGAGCCAGGAGCAACGUGAACUUAUUCUGCGGGUGGAGGAAAUGGAGAAAGACAAGGAGACACUCAAACAGACCUUCAACCAGCUGGAGGAGACCAAACGACAGCAGGAAAGCGCUCUGGAGAAACUCAACAAAGAGUAUGAGUCUCUGACCGUGUCCUCAAGAGAGGAGGCGCAGACUCUCAGAGUUCAGCUGGAGGAACAGAGAGAGAGAGCACGCAAGGAAAUGCAGGAGGCGCAACGUCACGGAAACGACGCCCAGGGUGAACUCGAAAAAAGCCAUAUAAAUCUAAGGAGACUGGAGGAAGAGAUGUCACGACAGAAGAAGGAGCUCCUGCUUGUAUGUGAGGAGAGAGACAACCACCAGCUGGAUAAAGAGCUUCUGACCAACAGACUGCGCCACCUUGAGGGAGAGAUAGAGGCCAACAAAAACGGCCACAAUGAGAAAACCAGGGAAAUUCGCAUCCUGGAGGACAAGCUGAAGCGCGUGGAGUUGGAGCUGGAAGAGGAGAGAAGCAGCGUGGAGAUGCUGACCGACCGCGUGGCCAGGAGCAGAGACCAGAUCGAUCAGCUCCGCUCUGAGCUCAUGCAGGAGCGAUCCUCCAAACAGGACCUGGAGCUGGACAAGAACGCCAUGGAGAGACAUCUGAAGGAGCUGAGGAGUCGUGUGGCCGAUAUGGAGGGCCAGUCUCGCUCCUCAGCAGGAGUCUCCCAGCUGGAGAACAAGAUCCAGGAGCUGGAAGAACGCCUACGGACUGAGGAAAGGGAGAAGAACUCUGUGUUUGCGUCUCAACGACGUCUGGAGAGGAAACUAAAAGAUCUCAACAUGACGCUGGAUGAGGAGAAACAAACACACACUGAACAGAGAGACCAGCUCGCUCUGAGAGUCAAAGCUCUAAAGAGGCAAGUGGAUGAAGGAGAGACCGAGCUGGAAAGGAUAGAUGGGCUGAGGAGAAAGGCCCAGAGAGACAUGGAGGAACAGAUGGAGCUCAAAGAGGCCUUGCAGACCAGAGUCACAGCACUGGAAACUGAGCUCAAGAGAAAAACGCAAACAGCGAUGCGCCCAGCUUUGGAUUCAUCAGCUCUCAGUUCAGAUGACGAUGACGACAGCCUGUAUGACCCCUCCACCAUCACCUCUAUCCUCACUGAGAGCAACCUCCAGACCAGCUCCUGUUAAAACAGCACUUCAGGGACAGGGUUGGGUUGGGGGGACGUAGCACUGUUAAGGGAAAAAAUGGAGGGAAGUGUAAGUUAGAUGUUUUGUAGUCUAGGAGUAAAGUCAAAAGAUAGAAUUGUAUUAUACCACAGACAAUGAGGGAGGGGUGCAAGGACCAGGGAGUUAAAUUACAUAUUAUAGAGGUUAGUAGGGGAAGGAUUUUCCUCACCCAGAGUGUAUGGAAGGAAACAAAACAUCCUCUGCAUUUCAGGGUAUUUCUUUCAGUCUGCAAUGUACACAGAUGUACUCCAAGGUACAGUUGGAAGUACUCCAACAUGCAAAAACUCACUACCCCACAAAGUCAGAAUCUGGAUUGUGAGAAGAGAAAUGAGACUAGAAGCACAGAAAAAUAUAAUUUAAAAAAAAAAAUAUGUCUUGCAUUUCUUAAAUAAAAUUUAAUAUGUCAAACCAUUUCAGGGUUGUGAUUCUGGGUUGAGCACUUAACGGUACCAAGUCUGGCUUUGACUGAAAAAUCAGACAUCCUCUCAUCAUCUCUUAUAGUAGACCGUUUAUCUUGGUUGACUUCAGUUUUCUCUGUAGCACAGCCGUCAACUGACUGAACUCCUAAAUUCUGUACCCCAGCAUGCACAAAUAUUGAGUAGAACUACUGACAAACAUGGACCAAAUACUGACGUUGAGUGCAUUCAUGAUCGCCACAAAGAGUAAUUAUAUGCAAUAUAACACUACAAUUCUCAUGCUGGUUUUCUGAAAGAUUUUCCUAACCAAAUGGUUUACCUACCGCAAAUUAUUCGUAUUGAAUGAAAUCUGAAAUUUGUUUACAUAAAAAAAUAUAUUUUCAUGUGUUUUUGGAAUAUAAAUAUAUAUGUCACUUCUGUGUUUAUUCCACCGUCCAGUUUUUAAUGUCACACGGUACACAUUCUAGGAAUUCAGAAUUAUAAAAUAUGACACUACUUGCAUCUGAAAUGGAUCUCUUGUACAGGGAUACAAUAUUAAAUAUUUGAUUGUAACCUCAUGUUGGUGUGAAGGUUUAGAUUAGUUUUGUCUUUAUUCACUGUAUCUGAAGCAGUUUCCUGGUAGAGGUGCAACACACUUUUUAUGGUUU